CCUAAUACUACUUUGUCACAUCAAAAUUAAGAUUUAACUACAUAGUUAUGUAAGUUUGUCGAACUCGUGGACUUUAAUAAACAAGUAUAGAAGUUAGCGAGCGAUGUUUGUUUACUAAAUACUGCAGUAUGUUUUCCCAACAUGCAUACACGAUAUGGUUCAAGUUUCUAGUGUUUCACUAAGUAAGACGUGAUGGAGGUUCUUAAAUUGGUCAUAAUCACCGUACAUCUAACAGGCAUCUUCUGCAAGAAGAAACACAAAGAUGCGUCAUCGGAAAGCAUAGAAAACAUACUGUACUACCAAGACUGCAACCACAAGCAGAAGCCUACUCCUCCUCCAGUCCUGCUGAAGGGUCCUCCUCCGCAGCCGGAGUGCAAGAUGUGCUGCACCAUGUGCUGCGGAGACCAGUGCGUGGACAGCCACCAGGUGAACCUGGGCAGGCAGGCAGCCAUGAACCACAUAGAGCCGAAAGGCAUUAUGCCCAUACAACCAGAUGUCAUGCCUCCGGGACAAAGAAGAAAGAAACCUAUAAUGUCUUUACCUCUCCGACCUCCCCUCCCCGGGAGGAGAGGUAUGGGUCCUAUGGCGUUCACGCGAGAAAACAUCAAGAGUCUGAUCUCUCAAGACGAGGACAUAAGGAAGAUACUGAAGGAUCUGGUGAGGGUGACGAUGCAGAAGGUGGACCUGAUGCAACUGAUGAGCAGCAAUAAACCGAACGGCGGAACCGCGAGGCCGGAGCGGGCUGCAGAUCUUAGUGAUUCUGAGAACGAUUUGUGAUUCAUAAAAUAUUAUUAUCGAAUAAAAAAAAAUAUUUUGCAAUUU